AUGGAAUUCUGCUAUCAUAUUCUUAUUGGUUUUCAACCUACAUUGACUGCUUUGAAUAAGCUGAACAAUGGAAUCAUGUGGCUAAACCUGAUAUAUUUCUUCAUGAUGAUGGUUGCUAGUGAAGUUGAUAAAAACGCUGUGCUCUGGGCCUCAUAUAUUCCCUACCUUCUUUUGAAUUGUUGGAGUCCUGAUUCCCUAAGUAGGAUUGGAAGUAUUGUAGGGGUGCCUUUGUAUGCUGAUGCAUGCACUUCCAGGCAAAUGAGGGUGCCUUUUGCAAGGUUGCUUAUUGAGGUUGAUGUGACACAGGAAUUGCAAAAAUCUGUGUUCAUUCAGGAUGCUGAUGGUAAGGUGGUUGAACAGCAAGUGCACUAUGAGUGGGCCCCUCCUUAUUGUCAGAAUGUUGAUCCAGUUAUAGAAGGUGAUGCUAGGGGGAGCUCUGUUGAUACUACUUCUACUCCUGCAGUUGAACAAAGAGUGGAACCUGCUGUGGUUUCCACUCCUGCUAUCAACACUGUUACUGGGGAGCAGAUGGUUGGAGGACUGACACUGAAGAGGAAGAGGAGGGGGAGGAUGAGGGACCCCAAUAAAGUGGCAGAAGUGAAGAGGUUGUGUAAGCAGCAAACUAUUAGUAUAGUCAGUAUUCUUGAAACUAAAGUAAAACCUCAAAAGAUGCAGGCUAUCCAAAAGAAGUUUGGUACAAGGUGGCACUGGCAAUGUAAUUAUGACUAUUCUUCCAAAGGUUGGUUAGGGUGGAUAGAUGAGUUGGUGAAUGUGUCUGUCUUACAAGUGAAUGAGCAGUUCAUUCACUCUUUGGUUGUUGAUAAGCAAAGGAGCAAUUCUAUUCAUCUCACUGUUGUUUAUGGACUGCAUACAAUUGAGACUAGGAGAGCUCUAUGGAGGGAUUUUUUGAAUGUGGCAGUUACUCUCUCCCCUUGGGUGGGGGAUUUCAAUACUAUUUUAGCUACUGAAGAUAUAAUUAAUGGAGCUCCUGUUACUGUGUAUGAAACUCCGGAUUUUGAGGCUUUUCUUUCUAUUUCUGAGGUUCCAAGUACAGGGUUUUUUACCGUUGGAAGAGAAAAGGGAAGAAUUCUCUGUUUGGAUUAG